AUGAUACCUUCGGACCAGGAAGCAAUAACCCCGAAGCGGGCUGGUAGACGAAGUGAUCCUAGGGAUAACCUCGUUGCAACGGGGAUCGGCACAGAUAUUCUCGGAGGUCUACGUACGAGAGGCAAAUAUAUACCGCUCGAUCAGCAAAUCUCUGAUAGUGUCUGGGGAAUUGUGCAUUUGUACCGAGAUGCACAGGAGACGCCGUAUCUAGUUGAAGAGGAUUACCCUUCGUACCUAAAAGGGUCCGCUGCUGCAAGACAACCAUACGAUGAACUGGGCGGGGGCUCUAACGCACGCCAGGACGUACAUGUAGAGGAACAAACUUCCCUCUCGUAUCCCGACGAUGACUGCACGACUUUGUGUAUACUCGCCGUUCCGUCAUAUAUGUCCCCCUCAGAUUUUCUGGGAUUUGUUGGCGAGGCAAGCAUGGAUGACGUGAGCCAUUUUCGGAUGAUCAGGACCUCCAGAGCCAAUCGGUAUAUGGUUCUGUUAAAAUUUCGCAGUGGGAAGAAGGCCAAGGAGUGGCAGAAAGAAUGGAAUGGGAAAGUCUUCAAUAGCAUGGAGCCUGAAACAUGCCAUGUCGUUUUCGUGAAAACAGUAGAGGUUCAAGUCGUAGAUUCACAAGCACAGCACGGGGGUACGGCCACUCAUCAGAACUCCCUCUUAUCUCAUUCUGCGACCAGUCCCCAACGUGCAACCAUAUCCUCUACAGGACAAUCCAGCUCCAUACCAUCGGCAACACUAUCUAUGAGACCUCUAGCACCUCCCACACCGGCCCUCGUCGAGUUGCCAACAUGCCCUGUCUGUCUAGAGCGCAUGGAUGAGACCACUGGCCUGCUUACGAUCAUCUGUCAACAUGUUUUUCACUGUACAUGUCUGCAGAAGUGGAAGGGUAGUGGGUGUCCCGUCUGUCGCUACACACAAGACGAGUUCCGCAGGAGCAGCCAGGGCGCACUCUACGAAGAUGAACCGGCUGAAUGCAGCGUGUGCCAUUCCGAUAUCAACCUUUGGAUUUGCUUGAUCUGCGGGGUUGUCGGUUGCGGUCGCUACGAUGGUGCGCAUGCUUUUGAUCACUACAAAGAAACCUCCCACGCGUUUGCUAUGGACCUUGCUACGCAACGUGUCUGGGACUAUGUGGGUGACGCAUAUGUUCACCGCAUCAUACAAAGCAAGACCGACGGCAAACUUGUAGAGCUCCCGGCUGCGGAUAACAGUGCCCUCGACCCGCCGGACUGGACAGAUGCGGUACCCCGGGAAAAGCUAGAAAAUAUGAGCGUGGAGUACACCCAUCUUCUCACAAGCCAGCUUGAGAGUCAACGAGCUUAUUUUGAGGAAAUCGUCGAGCGAGCUGUUGACAAGGCAUCACAGGCCAGCGCAGCCGCGGCCUCGGCGCAGGAAGCAGCUGAGAAAGCCACCGCAAACUUUCGCUCAUUACACAAGCAAUACGAUAAACUGGAAAAUGAGACGUUACCCAACCUCGAGCGAGACAAGUCCCGUGCCGAGAAACGUGCUGAGAAGUUCGAGGCGAUGGCGCGCAAGAUGGAAAAGGAGUGGCGGGAAGAGAAAACUAUGAAUGAAAGUUUGAUGCAGCGCAUUGAACACCUAACCUCCGAAGUGGAAAGUCUCAAAGUGGCGAAUGCAGACUUGACCGAGCAAAACAGAGACCUCACGUUCUUUAUCAGCGGCUCUGAACGACUGAAGAAUGAAAGCGAGGAUAUCGUCCAGGGUACUGUUAGUGUUCCUGAGCCCCAAACUAACAAGAAGAAAGGCAAGGGCAAGGGACGGAGAUAA